AUGAGUGUAAACCAGACUGGGUAUGAUGAUAUUUCUAGAGUGGAUGGUGGAACUGUGACGGGCGGCCUCAACGUCAGUGGUGCCCUGAAGCUGCAACAGUGUGCUCAGCCUCCCGCUAAUCGACCCAGGGAUGCCCGGCACCAGCAACAUAGCAGCCGGCAGCACCAGCACGGCGGUGUACCUGUCAAACCGCCUUAUUCCGGGCAGUCCGAACCCGCGGACAUUGUGAAGCGCACCAUCGACUUCAAGACACAAGGCACACAGUGUUACAAGGAUAAGAAGUACCGGGAGGCGAUUGGCCAGUACCACCGUGCUUUAUUAGAGAUGAAUGGGUUGUGCCGGGUGCUGGGAGACCCUGAUGCCAGCUCUAAGUCCCCUUCCUCGGUGCUGCCUACCAUGACCAGGCCAGACAGCCUGACAGACGAGCAGAAAGGUGCCAUGGAGAUCGCUGAGCUGGAGUGUUACAACAGUCUGGCAGCGUGCCUGUUGCAGAUGGAGCUGGUCAACUAUGAGCGUGUGAAGGAGUAUUGUCUGAAGGUGUGUUGCGUAAAGGAAGGGGACCACUUCAAGGCUUUGUACCGCUCUGGAGUGGCCUACUAUCACCUAGUAGACUUCCACAAGACCCUUCACUACCUCAAGGAGUCCCACAAACAGCAGCCAGCAGACACCAAUGUUCUCCGUUACAUCCAGCUGACUGAGAUGAAGAUCCGUCGUUCUGCCCAGAGGGAGAAGAAAGAGACCACAUAA